UUAAGUCACCCACCCACAACAUGAUGAAACUGAUACUAUCGCUGCUCUCCCUCUGUGCCCUGGCGGCUGCUCGUCCUGGCUUCCUGCAUGGCCACCAUCAUCACUAUCCGGAGUAUCCGCUGUAUCCCCAUCAUCAUCAUCAUGUUGAGCCACUGCAUGUGGCCAAGAUCGUCCACCUGCCCGCUGCCGUGUCCCACCAGAGUUCGACGGUGGUGCACAGUGUCCCCCAUCACAUCAUCAAGCCAGUGAUCCUGCCCACAGUGGUGAAGACGGUGGUGCAUCCACCCAUCAUCAAGUCCUAUCAUCCUGCGCCGAUCAUCAAGGCCUUCCAUCCGUACGAUCCCUUCCACCUGCACCACCAUCAUCAUGAUUCCAUGAUUUCCAUCACUAUUAAUCGAUUGAUUGAUGAAUAA